UGCUCUUAUAACAGAUACAAUGGGAGGAAGUGACAUUCUGACGGCUCACAGGCGGUCAAGCGAAGCCGAACCCUAAAAGCCGAGAAUUGUUUCCCAGUAGUUGCCGGUUCGAGCACGGGCUCCGGAGGUCAGGACAGACUGUAUAGGCACAGAGUUUGCUAGUCUCCGGACUUCAUCGUUUGCGGUCUACUGUACCGUAAUUUCGCCAACUUUCGGUUGGUCGACAUGAACACAGUCAGUUGACUGCAGUGUCGACCACGACUGUGCAGUAGUUUGUCGCUAAGGUCUUCGACUGCGAUCUGACGGCUGGCAUUGGUCCAUCUCCUAUUAGGGUUCAGGACGAGUCGCGGUGUGGUCGAUGCUUAUUCCAGCUUCGCGAGCAUUCGAAUUCCUUUCGCAUCCUGCAAGCCUGUGGAUCUCCCGAUUUCAAUCCUGCCCAUAAUUUCAAGCAGCAUUUCUUCUUCACAGCCAAGAUGCAGAACGAAGAAGGAGAGAAUGUAGACUUGUACAUCCCAAGGAAGUGUUCUUCCACCAACCGACUUAUCACGUCGAAGGACCAUGCCUCGGUCCAACUCAACGUGGGACACGUCGAUGAGAACGGAAUCUACACUGGACAGUUCACCACCUUCGCCCUCUGUGGAUUCGUCCGCGCCCAGGGAGACGCUGACAGCGCCUUGGAUCGCCUGUGGGCCAAGAAGAAGGCCGAACUCGGUCAGUAGAAAUGCAAGUUUCCAUAGGAGACCAUGAUAAUUUAGCAGCUACACAAAUUGGACAUGCAAUUUUGACUCGGAACCCUAAACCUGUAUUUAUGUGGAUGCUUUUUGAGUAAUUCGCUCUCUUUGAGUCUCUUGCAUGAUUGUUUCGUACUCUUUUGAAUGCGUCGAUAACUGGGUUGAGAU